AUGAAUGCAGAAAAUCAAACUGUGAAGCGUCGUGGGUGUCCGCGCAUUCAUCAUAAGCGUUUACAUUAUCAGAACGUAGGACGUGGUGUACCUCUGCGCACUCAAGCCAGAAAACUUGUUUGCACUGCCAAAGAAUAUUUCCAACAGGAAAAAACAAACAAUGGCCCACUCUUACCCGUUGCCAAAGUUGUACAACGAACUGCAGCGGCCCUGGGCAUAAAUAAAAAUACCGUUGUAAACAUUUGUUCAGAGAAGAAGAAAAACAUCGUUGAGGGAGGAAGUGGACAAGUACAUACCCCAAACAAAAAGAAACUUCCACGUCAGAAACGAGUUACAAACCUCGAUAAUUUCCAAAAAGAUGCAAUCCGUCGCCAUGUGUAUGCAUACUAUAGACGAAAGGAAUAUCCAACUUUAAAAAAACUAAUUCAAUCAUUGAAGGAUGCUGAUUUAUUUAACGGUUGCAAAUCUUCACUUUCACUUGUUUUAAAACAACUUGGCUUCAAGUACAAGUCAGUUGGGAAACGGAAAGUACUUCUUGAAAGACCAGAUGUAGUUGCAUGGCGCUGUAGGUUUCUUCGACAAAUGAAGAACUUAAAUUUAGAUGAAGUAGUCUGGAUUGACGAGACAUGGGUUAACACAAAUCACUCCCAAACAAACGCUUGGACAGACGACUCUGUUCAAGGUACAAUGUCCGUACCUCUGGGUAAAGGGGGAAGAAUGAUAUUGCUUCACGCCGGUAAUUCUAAAGGGUUUAUUCCAAACAGCCUUCUACUUUUUUCUUCGAAAAAAACGAGUGAUUACCAUGAAGAAAUGGACCACGAAAAGUUUUUAGGCUGGUUUGUAAGCAAUCUUCUUCCAAAUUUGGAAGAAUCCUCAACCAUAGUAUUUGAUAAUGCUAAGUACCACUCAAAAGUAUUGGACAAGGCCCCAACAAUGGCUUCAAAAAAAUGUUUGAUGGUGGAAUGGCUACAGAAAUUCAACAUCCCAUUUGAAGCAGACAUGAAGAAAGCAGAACUUUUGGAAGUAAUACAUUUACACAAGCCUCGCUUUCUAAAAUAUGUUAUUGAUGAGUUAGCCAAGGAACGUGGCCAUACUGUAAUUCGUUUACCUCCGUAUCACUGCCACUUCAAUGCUAUAGAGUUGAUUUGGGCCCAAAUCAAAGGACACGUUGCAAAAAACAAUAAAACGUUCUCAUUGACGGAAGUAACAAGAUUAACCAAGGAAGGGAUAGACUUAGUAACAGGAGAUGAGUGGAAAAACAUUUUAUCACAUACAAGGAAAACCAUAGAGGAUGCGUGGAAAAAUGAGGGUGUUCUAGAAACUGGGAUUGAAGAGCUCAUCAUCACGUUAAACAGCGACGACGACUCCAGCGACGACAGCAGUGCUUUUUCGGAUGACUAA